UCAUCCAAAUUUUAUUGUUGACUUUUGAUAUAGAAAAUGGAGAAGCACCACCACGGCGGAGGAAGCCGCCGCCAAGACUUUGAAAUAGCGGUGGACAUCGCAACACUCCAAGACUUGUCAGACCUCCUCCACUCUCAACCCAAGAAGCUCUACUCGGAAUCACGCCACCGCCGCCAAAUCCAAAAAAUCCCAAACCAGAUACGUUGCCGGAAUUUGCGGCGGAGCCAGCAAGUGUACGACCCAGUUCUGGUCUCCAUCGGCCCUUACCACCACGCCAAACCCGGGCUCCGUCGCGCCCAGGAAUUCAAGCACCUCUGCCUCGACCGCUGCGCCGGCGGCGAUGACAAGAAGAAGGCCUUCUUCUACUCCAAGAUUGUGGAGCACGCCGCCUCCAUCAGAGACUGCUACGCAGAGGCGAAGAUCGUGGAGAAAUACGACGACAAAUCGCUAGCGUUGAUGAUGCUCUUGGACGCAAGCAUCAUCAUAGACUUCAUCCACAACUACUUGGGGAUGCAAGGAAACAGCUUCUCGGACUGGCAGCGAUGCCUCGGCGCCGGAUCUGGACCGUUGAUGGUCCGCGACAUCAUGCUCAUGGAGAAUCAGAUCCCCUUCCAGGUCCUGCAACUGCUUAUCACCUUGCAGUACGAGAAAGGAGAAGCUGCUUCGUUUCUCCCACGUUUUUUCUCGACAUUUUUAUCCUACAAAGGGCGUAUAUUAGACUUGGACCUCAACAAUACCGAGAUCCUUCGAGAAAUUGAGGAUCCUCCGAUUCACUUCCUCGAAGCUUUUCGAAGAGUUGUAGUGCUGAAGAAUAAGAAGAAGAUUAAAGAGGAAGACAGAGUUAUGUCUGUGUAUAGCUCGGUUAAUAAGAGCGUGUUCUUGCAGUCUGCAAUGUCGAUGAAAGAAGAGAUGGUGGAUGCUGGCAUAUCAUACAUGCAUCGUUCAGUAAUGGAUCUCAAGGCCAAGGGAAUACGCAUAAGGCCUGAUCCCGACUUAUCAGCCGCAGACAUAACUUUCGUGCCCGGUUUCUGUUUCAGCGAGCUCCGCCUCCCAGUUCAGUACCUCUCCGACCUAACUCCGAUGGUGAUAGCAAACAUGAUUGCCUUUGAAGUUCUUCCACACGGAUGUUCUAGUCUGGUGGUGUUGUCGUAUGCCAUUUUCAUGAAGUCGCUGGUGCAGAGCCCACAAGAUGUGAAGGAGUUGCAGGACAAUGGGGUGAUCUUGAAUAGGCUUGCUAAUUUAGAGAAAGUGGUGGAAGUGAUAAAGGAGAUCGACACGUUCGGGCUGCACGAUCAAGAUAUAUUCAAGGAUGUGAAGAUGAGGAUUGAAGAGCAUUGCAGGAGCAGGGCUAGGACGUGGCUUGCUGACCUGAUUUAUACCCGUUUUCGAACUCCAUGGACUGCAAUUGCCUUCUUUGCUGGAGUGCUCCUUCUUUGCCUCACUUUUUUGCAGACUGUUUUCACUAUCAAUCAAAGACCGCUUUAGUUUUGAUUUUAACAAGUAUGAUGCCAUGAUAUUUACUCAUACUUACCUAUUGGAAAUGCUAGACUAUUUGAGUGUAAAUCAUUCAUUUCACAAAAGGAAAAGAGUGUUCAGGUACA